AUGUCUGGUUUAUUGGGAGCUGGAUAUGACUCCAGUGACGAUGAAGCUUCGGCUGUGCCCAAGCCCUCCGUAACGACCGCAACCCAGGUCGUUGCUGCGCCAGAAGUCAAUACAGAGGCGCACAUGCAAAUGACACUCGCCAAUGCCUCCUCCCAAGCUCUCACUUUCAACGCCACCUACGAUGAUAUGAUGCGACCUUCACAGGGACCCGUGAACCCUUUCAAGUCGUCGGGCCCAGGAAACGGCAUCAAAAGAAAGAAUGUCCCCACAGGUUUUGCCGAAGAGGCGGCCAUCAGCGAGUCCACCUUCGCCGCGCAACACCGCACAUUCCAGAGUUUGGGCUACACACGCAAUCCCACUCGACCGGAUGAGUUUAUUGGAAACUUGGAUAAUGCGGCACAGUACGGCGGCAAGGAUGCCGUUCAAAUAAAGCCAACCAAAAGCGCAUCUGCGAACUGGCGCGCAAAGCGACAAAGGAAGGGCGACUCCAGCAUCGUGGAAGGCGAGGGCGCUUAUCUCGGACCUUGGGCGAAAUACAACAACGACCAGCAAUAUGAUACCUACGAAGUUGAAGGAGAAGACCGGGAGCUUGCUAGCGACGAGGAAUACGUUGAAGAGGAAGAAGAAGAGGUUCCGUCAGGACCUAUGCCGGCUAUGAGCAAGGCGGCCACUGAAUACGCGGACGACUACUCCAAGAAGGAAACGACCGAGUUCCAUGGCUCAGAGCAGUACGAUUACCAGGGCAGGACCUACAUGCACGUACCACAGGAUCUGGAUAUCGAUCUGCGGAAAGAGCCCGGCAGCGUCAAGAAUUACGUUCCGAAAAAGCUUGUGCAGACCUGGAAGUCACACACAAAGCCCAUCACUUCUCUUCAAUUCAUGCCGAAUACUGGCCACUUGCUGCUUUCGUCGGCAGCCGAUGGAAAGGCCAAGAUCUGGGAUGUGUAUCACUCUCGCGAGCUCCUGAGGACCUUCUCCGGUCACAGCAAGGCAAUCUCAGGCACGGACUUCCACCCAUCAGGAAAGACAUUCCUGACGGCCUCGUACGACCAGCAGAUGAAACUCUGGGAUACCGAGUACGGCAAAUGUCUCGGUCGAUUCUCCACCGGCAAAACACCCCAUGUCAUCCGCUUCAACCCCUCGCCCGAGCAUUCACACGAGUUCUUGGCUGGUAUGUCGGACAAGAAGAUUGUUCAGUUCGAUACGCGGUCCGGCGAACUGGUCCAAGAAUACGAUCACCACUUGGCGGCUGUCAACACCCUUACUUUCGUUGACGACAACAGACGUUUCAUUUCCACAUCCGAUGAUAAGUCGUUGCGCGCCUGGGAAUACGGCAUUCCCGUCCCCAUCAAGUUCAUCGCAGAGCCAUACAUGUUCGCGCUUACUCGCGCGGCGCCUCAUCCCAACGGCAAGUAUGUUGCUUUCCAGUCUGGUGAUAACCAAAUUGUCGUGUACGGCGCUACCGACAAGUUCCGUCAGAACCGGAAGAAGAGUUUUAGGGGCCACAAUACCUCGGGAUACGCUAUUGACCUUAAGCUCUCGCCUGAUGGGCAGUUCUUGGUUUCUGGUGACAGCGGUGGCUAUGUUUGCUUCUGGGACUGGAAGACCGGGAAAAUGUAUCAUAAAAUCCAAGCUGGUGGAAAGGAAGGAGGUGCGGUCACUUGUCUGGACUGGCAUCCUCAGGAGACGAGUAAGGUGGUCACCGGUGGCCUUGAUGGCAACAUCAGGUAUUGGGAUUAA